GGGCAAAAGGGCGCAAAAAGAAAUAGAAAACGGUUCUUUUGAAGGCUGUCUAGGUAGACACGAGUAGGAUUUUCUAAAGCAGCACUAUGAUAGAUUUUCUCGUGAUACUUUUAACGUUAACGAGCGUGAUCGAGGGUUCGUUACCACCCGACGAUGGGGACGAUGUGUUGCACAUCGGUGGUAUUUUCCCGAUAGCGGGGGAGGGUGGAUGGCAGGGUGGUCAGGCUUGCAUGCCAGCCGUAAACCUUGCCUUGGACGAUGUGAACCGUGAAAAAAAUCUGCUGCCAGGUUUCACGCUGAAGCUCCACUCGAAUGAUAGCGAGUGUGAGCCCGGACUUGGCGCCUCGGUGAUGUACAAUUUAUUGUACUACAACCCACAGAAAUUGAUGCUGUUAGCAGGAUGCAGUACAGUCUGCACAACUGUUGCCGAGGCGGCGAAAAUGUGGAACUUGGUGGUACUUUGUUACGGCGCAUCGUCUCCUGCGUUGUCCGAUCGAAAUAGAUUCCCAACCCUGUUUAGGACGCACCCAUCUGCCACGGUGCAUAAUCCUACGCGAAUCAAACUGUUGCAAAAAUUCGGUUGGUCCCGAGUAGCAAUUUUGCAGCAGGCUGAAGAAGUGUUCAUAUCUACCGUAGAAGAUUUAGAAGCCCGCUGCAAGGAAGCGGGAAUAGAAAUAGUCACGCGUCAGAGCUUUCUGUCGGAUCCAUCAGACGCUGUAAGAAACUUGCGCCGUCAGGACGCAAGGAUCAUCGUAGGUCUGUUCUACGUCGUAGCUGCGAGAAGAGUCCUCUGCGAGCUGUUCCAUCAGAAUCUCUAUGGCAAGAGCUACGUCUGGUUUUUCAUCGGGUGGUACGAGGACAAUUGGUUCGAGGUGAACUUGGACAAAGAGGGGAUCACCUGCACAAAGGAUCAGAUGAGAUUGGCUGCCGAGGGACACUUGACGACCGAAGCGCUCAUGUGGAAUCAAAAUAACGACACGACAAUCAGCGGUAUGACUUCCGAGGACUUCAGGCUACGGUUGAACAAGAUGCUGAAAGAAGACGGCUACGAUAUCGAUAACAAACGGUAUCCCGAGGGAUAUCAAGAAGCACCACUUGCUUACGAUGCGGUUUGGUCGGUCGCGUUAGGUAAAAAAUUAAUUAGCUUCUCACUUUUAAUUUUCAAAUACAAAGAGAUAGCCGAUGAAAUUUAUUCCGCCAUUAAUUCCACGCAAUUCCUCGGUGUAUCUGGAUACGUUGCGUUCAGCUCUCAAGGCGACAGAAUCGCAUUGACCCAAAUUGAGCAGGUGAUCGAUGGAAAGUACGUCAAGUUAGGAUAUUAUGAUACGCAAAGCGACAAUCUGACAUGGAGAAACAUGGAACGAUGGAUCGGCGGGAAGGUACCGCAAGACAGAACCAUCGUAAGGACCGUUUUGAGGACGGUUUCGUUGCCUUUGUUCAUAUGCAUGGGGACUAUAUCCUCGGUGGGGAUCGUGAUAGCCGUUGGACUGAUUAUUUUUAACAUUUGGAAUAGACAUAGAAGCGUAAUUAUGUCGUCCCAUCCCGUGUGUAACACAAUAAUGUUGGUGGGUGUGAUAGCGUGUUUCGUAUCAGUGUUUCUAUUAGGAAUCGACGGUAGAUUCAUAUCCCAUUGGGAGUAUCCAGCGAUUUGCCAAGCGAGAGCCUGGAUGCUAUCCACCGGUUUCACUCUAGCGUUCGGCGCGAUGUUCAGCAAAGUGUGGCGGGUCCACAGACUCACGACGAAAACGAAGGCCGACCAGGCAAAGUUGUUCAUGGCUAAACAAAAAGUUUCGUCCAUACAGAAGAAAGUUCAGCCGUGGAAGCUGUACACAAUGGUAAGUGGACUGCUGGCGGUGGACAUUGUGCUCCUGAUCUCCUGGCAGGUGCUGGAUCCUCUGCAACGAAAGAUGGAGACUUUCCCACUGGAGUCAUCUCCGUUCGGUGACGACGAUGCAAGGAUCAGGCCCGAAUUGGAGCAUUGCGAGAGUGUUCAUAAUAGUAUUUGGCUCGGUCUGAUUUACAGCUAUAAGGGGAUCAUUCUCGUGUUCGGGUUGUUCUUGGCUUACGAGACGCGGAGCAUUAAAGUUAAACAGAUCAAUGAUUCUAGAUACGUAGGGAUGUCUAUAUAUAACGUAGUUGUCCUCUGUUUAAUCACAGCACCGGUCACAAUGGUUAUUGCCAGUCAGCAGGACGCCAGUUUCGCAUUCGUCGCUCUCGCUAUCAUUUUCUGUUGUUUUCUAAGCAUGGCGUUGAUCUUUGUGCCUAAAAUGAUAGAAGUAAUCAGGCAUCCGAAAGACAAGGCUGAGUCCAAAUACAAUACGGACGUGGGUAUGUCGAAAGAGGACGAGGAAAAGUAUCAGAAGCUUCUGAGCGAGAACGACGAACUUCGGAAGCUUAUCGUCGCGAAGGAAGAAAAGAUCAAAGUUCUGAAGCAGCGGUUGGCUGAGACGGACGCGUUGAAAGGUGGCAGCGGAAAUGUUCCAAAGGACUCGUUGAUUGUCGCCGAUUUCGUGACCGGCGAGGGGACCUCGGAUAGCGCAAUCGAAACGGACCAGGUCGGCUGAAAAUCCAAGAGCCCCCGUCGAUUAGGAUGACGAAAGCAAUACACACGUACGAACGGGCUAAAAGCUCCUCACUCUCUCCCUUUGUCUUUCUCUACCCUCUUCUAAAACUAAUCUUUAAUGUACACACGCGCAACCCCCCCCCCCCCACACGGAAAUUCAUAUUUCUGUUUUCUA